GGCGUGUCCAACGCUGAAGCGGCUCUCCUCAUUGGUUGAAAGCUCUCCUAGUAACCGACCAACACACGAGACGUGAAAAAAUAAAAAGUCUGUAUUUUUCUGAAGCUAAAGCCUAAAGUCAGGCUUAACUUAUGCUGGAGAAACAGAUACAGACCUCAUUACAGAGACAUGUCUCAAUGAUUUAAGAUGCGGGGUUCUAGUGUGUUGAGAGCUCAAGCAUCUGCAGACCACAAUGGAUAACCGGGAGAGUAAAUCGUGCCGAGAGGAGGAGCUCGCGUCUGCUGUUCAUGAAACUCUGGAUGAAUAUUUAAUCGGCCUCCAGCAGAAAAACAGAAUCCUAAAGCGCCUCAGGGUGAAAGAUCCCAGGCAGAUUGAAUUGGAACGGCUUGAACAAGGAUUUUCUAUUUAUUUUAAUGGAGCCAAUGCUGAAUCCAGUCAGAAGAACUCCAAAGUCUCCAGCAGCCAGUCUGCCAGCGCUUUGCCUGCUUGGAGGUCUGCAGAUGUCUGCAGAAGCACCCACCAGCUAACCGAAGACAGUCGAAAUCAUCUGGAAUCUCUGACCAGCAGGAAGAGGAGCCAGACUGCCCCAGAAAGGGUCCGCAGGAAAGAAUGGGUGCAGGAAUCUGUUAAUAUCCGGACAGAGGAUGGCCUGAGUCUGAAACUCUCACCUGAAAUACUCUACUCUGACGAUUUCCAGCCCUAUGAGAGUGUGGACAUGGAGAGCUCCAGUCUGCACUCGCCACGUAGCCCUCGCUGCCAGAGAGAUACCUCCAAGGUUUCACGCUCCUUCGGCUCCAGGCCCGAGAGCCAGGAAGGCCAAGCCAACCAGGAGCACAGUGAGAAGGUGCUCCUCAGUCUGGAGGAAGUAAAGGUCUUGCGUUGUAGUCUGGAGGUCAGCAUGUGGCGGAGCAGCAGGGGCUCGGCAGGGGAGGAGUCGGAUGAGGAGUGGAUAGAGGAGCAAAUUAAGAGGGAGGAGAGCACGGAGAGCCUUGAUGAACUGGGGCUGCCUCUGUCCUCCUCCAAGUCCUCCACUAAUUCGAGGAAAAGCGGGCCUAACAGCCAUCUUGACCCAGCAAACCUAAUUGUUCUGGACUUUGGACCCUCUCCCAAAGGUCGUAAAAUUGAACGUUCCCUGUCUGCGAAAUGGAGAGAAAGCACAGACUCCUUCAUGCCCACCAAGCCUGUGCUGGUGAAGAGCAGAACAUUAGAUGGGCCACCUUCAAAAGACAGCUGGGAUGAACAGAAGCCAAGGAGUUGCUCAGAAAGGCCCCUGUCAGCAGCCAGGAGGACUUCAGAUGAAGAACAAGACUCAGAAGAGGUUUUCCUCAGUGUACAGGAAGCCAUGCAGAGAGAAAACACCCCUGUGGACAGAGCCGAGGUCUUCAGUUACAGCACGGUCCAGGGACACCAGAAGAGCAACGGUCUAAAGCACCACCACACACAUGUCAAGGAUGAGAACGUCAGUCUGGCCAUGCAGAGAAUAACCCUGAUGGGGCCCAGGCAACAGCAGAAACUGCUGAGAGCUCUGGAGCAGCUGGAGGUAGAACCCGGCCACAACGUUCCUCUGGGUAUGAAAACAGACUACAGCAAACAGCCGCGAAGGCAGUCGUCAGCAGAGAUCACCCCUGCGUUGUACGUUACCAUAGAGAUCCUGUCCAACUGGGGGAACGCUCUGCAGGUUGGGCUCACGGAGUUGCAGUUCUUCUGCCUCAGAAACAAGAAGCUGUUCGUGUCACCGCAUGACAUAGACAUCAGGAACGCAGACUACCCGGGGAACCUGGGAGCGCUUGUCAACGGGAAGGUGAAGACCACUAAGGAGCGCCACAUGUGGACCUGCCCCUUCCACCCUCCCAUCCAGCUCUACUUCAUCAUCAGAAACACGGAACGUUCUCUGGACUUCGGAAUAUCUUCCAUUAAAAUCUGGAACUACAACAGAAGCCUCAUGGACCUUGACAUCGGUGCACGUCAUAUGAAGCUGUAUCUGAACAGCACCUUGGUGUUUGAAGGGGAGCUGGAGAAAGGCUGCGGCAACCAAGUCUUUGACUACAGCUCCACCAUCGAUCUGAAAGGUUUCUGUGUCUCAGACUCCUAUUUCUCCAGCCAUGGAUCUUCAGGGCACAAUCUGCAAGGUGUGAGCCCCCAUCUCCAUGAGGACAGGAAGAGUGGGGAGGGCAGCAGCACUCAGCGACACCACGCUUCUAUAGUUUUGUCUGACCCAAUAGACAGGACUAUGUUGGACAUGCAGGAGAAACCACACAUGCCACUCCCACCCAUCACUUCUUCAGCUCAUCGUCCCUCUUCACAGAGAAGCUCCUUUGACCUGUCGACCUCAGCGGAGUCCCCUUCCCCCAGAGAGCAGGUGGAGCAGCCAGCACCCAUGGAGCAAACAGUGACCACCCAGCCAUCCUCUUCUCGAGUCGCCCCCCAGUGGCUGCAGCCCCUGAACAGAGGGGCCCCAGAGGGCUGUGAGACGAGCAGAGACAGGCCCCGAUGGCUGGUACCUCAGCUCUCGACCGAAACCAAGCCAUCACCUGCUGCCUCCUCCUCCUCCUCCUCCUCCAUGCUCCCAGAGCUGCCCUGUAACCCUGGCCGGGUGUGCAGAGGGGCUGAAAGGGCAAUGAACGGGGGUCAGUGGAAGGCCAACUCUUUGGACCUGAGCUGCGACCUGCUGGAGGAACUGGGGGAACCAAAGAUAGACAGGCCCAUCAGUGGACGCAGGAGCUCGUUCAGAAACGUCUCGGUGACCUCCAGGCAGACGGAGGAGCAACACCACAGAGCUCCUGACGAGCCGCUGUCUUUGGUCUGCGGUACCAGGAGCCACAGCAGCUCUCGGGUCCAGAUUCACAGCCAGCAGGAUGACACUCUCAUGGAGUCCUGGGACUCACUAACGAAGUUCAAUCAAUGUCAGCGCGGUCGCAUCUCCAACAUGGAUUUCGAGGGGGACAUAUUUGACGAGUUUCUUCAGCGCCAGGGUCGCGGCCCCCCUAUAGUUCCAGUAAACCCCUCCACAACUCCCAGAACCCCUCUGUCCUCUUUAAACACUCAGGGGCUGCUGAGUGAAGGCUCAGAUGAUGAUCCUUCCUUGGAGCGAGAGGAUGAGUUUGAGAUCCCGGUACUGCCGCAGGGCCAAAGACUGGUUAUAAACAUUCUGUCCACAUGGGGAGACCGCCACUACGUGGGUCUCAAUGGCCUGGAGGUGUUCAGCUCCAGCGGAGAACCUGUGCAGCCGGUCCAUAUCCGAGCUGACCCUCCAAACAUCAACAUUCUCCCGGCGUAUGGCAAAGAUCCGCGUGUGGUCACCAACCUGAUUGACGGCAUCAAUCGCACUCAGGACGACAUGCAUCUGUGGCUGGCGCCGUUCACCCCUGGUCGGAGCCAUACUAUCUUCCUGAACUUCGCGGCUUCCUAUCAAAUCGCCAUGAUCCGAGUGUGGAACUACAACAAGUCGCGCAUCCACUCAUUCCGUGGUGUGAAAGAGGUGGAGAUGCUUCUGGACGGAAGGUGUAUCUUCAGGGGAGAAAUUGCCAAAGCGUCUGGAACUUUAUCUGGAGGAUUAGACCAGUUCGGUGACACGAUCCUGUUCACCACUGAUGACGAUAUCCUGGAGGCCAUGUCUCGGUACGAUGAGACGUUCCUCGGUGAAGACGAAGGUCCUGAGAGGUUAGUGUAUGAAGAAGAGCUGCAGAGACCACGCACCGCUGAUGGAGAGGGUGAAGAAAGACCUUUCACACAGGCUGGGUUCAGAGAGGAAGACCUCACUUUGAAACUUCAGCUCAACACUACUGGAAACCAGUCAGAGGAAAAUAUGCAGCAUAUUCCUGGCAUCUACGCUGGAAAGUGCCUUAGACUGGAGAUGAUGAUGACUUGGGGUGACUCCCAUUAUAUGGGCCUGACGGGCCUGGAGGUGGUGGGGAAGGACGGUGAGAGCUUACCUCUGGACCUCUCUAUGAUGGUGGCAUCACCAAGAGACCUCAAUGACCUGCCGGAGUACGGAAGUGACUCGCGCACGCUUGAUAAGCUCAUCGAUGGCCAGAACAUCACCACAGAUGACUGCCACAUGUGGCUCAUACCUUUCUCCUAUGGAGAACCACACAUUUUGAACAUUACCUUCAGCAAGGUCCAAACCAUCGCUGGUCUCCGUGUCUGGAACUACAACAAGUCGCCUGAGGACUCCUACAGAGGGCUGAAAGUUCUUCGUUUGUACCUGGAUGAUGUUGCCAUCUCCCCGAUGGAGGGUUUCCUGGUCCGGAAAGGACCUGGCAACUGUCACUUUGACUUUGCCCAGGAGAUCCUCUUUGUGGACUACCUGCAGCCUCCCAUUGAUAACUGGAGCAAUGAAAACUCUCAGAGAGGACGUUCUAAGAGGCAAGAGCAGGCUAGCAUGGACUACGAAGCUCCCAUCAUGCCUUGUGGGUUCAUUUUUCAGCUGCAGCUGUUGACAACCUGGGGAGACCCGUACUACAUUGGUCUGAACGGCCUGGAGUUUUACAACCAGAACCACCAGAAGAUCCAUCUCACUGACAACAACAUCGCAGCUUUUCCAGACAGCGUGAACAUUUUGGACAACGUGAGCGGUGAUGUUCGGACUCCCGAUAAGUUAAUAGACGGCGUUAACAACACACACGAUGGUAGACACAUGUGGCUGGCCCCGGUUCUACCAGGAACGGUGAACCGAGUGUACGCCAUCUUCGAUCAGCCGGUGACCGUGUCCAUGAUCAAGCUGUGGAACUACUCAAAGACUCCUCAGAGAGGAGUGAAAGAGUUCGGGCUGCUGGUGGACGACCUCCUGGUUUAUAACGGCAUCUUGGACUGUGUGAGCCACACUGCGAGAGGCAUUCUGCCGACCUGUGACCUGGUGGUACCGUACCACACCGUCCUGUUCACAGAGGAUGUUUACAUCACGCACCGUGAGAGGAGCACCGUCAUCAGCCCCCGAGGCGGCAGACACAACAAACACAACUAUGUGGAGGACCAGGAUGUGAAGAUGACCAAUGAGAAUCAGAUAGUUCAUCACAACAAGAAGAAGCAGACAGCAGAUCCAGCUCUUCGUCCGAAAACCUGCAUGACUGAUGGUGGCAAACAUGGAAAGAGGAGAUACUGACAAGAAACAUGGAUUUAUUCAUUUAUUUUACACACCAAGCAGACGACUCAAAGAUUUCCACGUUCCUCCAAAGUCUGGUGAGCAACUUUUGAAAAGCUGAAAAAGGGAUGAAGCUCCGAUGUUGGAUUUAUCCACUUUAUGGUUGGAUUUCUCCUCCGUGCUUCUCCGUGAAAACACGCACCCUCAGAAGCAUGACAGACACAUGUAACCACAUGUUGUCCCUCCUACAGGCGACGUCUGUGAGGCUGCGUUUCUGUCAGCCUGAUAUCAGAAAUAACGUGCCUACUAAACAUCUGCAGCUGCUACUCUGGACUUGUGCUGCUUAGCCUGAUGUAAAUAAACCAGAACUACGAUAAAUGCCACAUGACUGCACCUACAUCAGGAUGGCUGCUCCUGCGUUUACACACUUUAUCUAUUGAUGAGCCAAAUGAUUAGCUGAUAGACCGAUGGAUAUGGGAACAUCAAUGCACCAACCACUUAUAAUGCUAUGCAGACACUAGUUUCUAAACAGCAUGGGCAGAAAAUGGGUCCAGAAAGGUUUUUACCUUUAUAAGAUUUAUAACAGUGGCUUAUAUAACCAUUUAAAACCUUCUACAUUUAAAUAUUUAAAAAAAUAAAGCUGAAAUUAUGCAAAGUGCAGUUUUUUUCCAUUUAGCAACAGACAAAGCUUAAUUACAAGUAGCCUUACCAACAGUGGCUAUAUGAGGAUUUUGUGCAGCUUAAACAUUUUUCUGUUAUGUUUCUCUAAACAAUAACUAACCUUAUAUGCAAAUACUAUCGAAUUACCUCAGAUUGAAAAGUACGUUGUUAAAAGCAUAAUAAAUAUGGCUUCACCAUCACUAGAACACCUGCCAGAUAGUUUUAUCUCUGUCAUUAACCUGCUGCAUGCCAGAAUCCUCCUGAAACGUGAUUGGAGGAGCUUUAACUGCCUUAUGGAGCCCUGCUGGAUACCGUGUCAGAAGUUUACAUACUGCAUACUCAUCAUAGGCAGGAAUGUCAUCUUCAGCUGGACUGAUACUAAAACACAACUUCAGCUGAUCUUAAAAACAGGAAUUAGUUGCACGAGGAAAUAUAUACAUACACCUCCCACACACACCAACAACCUUCUGGCUUAAUCCUGGUAGGAUAUUUGAGGACUCUUCUCAUCUGAAAUGGUGGAACAUGUUGGUCUUGUGACUUUAAAGCAUAUUUAGUGGUUGAUAUCAGGCUCCUUCCAGAAGCAUAAUGUUGUCCUGCAGCUGUGUGUUUGGGAUCAUUGUCCUGUUGGAGAUAAGUAAUCUAGAUACAGUGACCAGGAACCACUUAGGCUCAAGUCUUCUGAUUAACUGGAAGGUGGUGGAACAUCAGCCUAGUUUCAGAAGGGAAUGACUUAAGAGAGAAGUGUCUGAAAUGUGAAGCUGUCUCAUUUAAACUGUUUUAUGGUCAACCAUGAAAAAUACUGAACUGUUCUGCUUCAAC